GUUAAGAGUGCAUCCAAAUAUUAAAUGAAAAUAAAGAAUAACAAAUAUAUAACAAAUAUUUUUGUGGUUUUAAAAUAACAGCAAUGGAUAAACGAUAUUCGUCUUGGUUAUUGGAAAACAUUAUUUUGGGUGAAGUUAUCCGCCUGCACAUAGGAGUAAAUAUGAUUGGAAGAAACAACAGCUCACAUAUUCGUGUUAAUUCAAAUUUUGCAUCCAGGAAUCAUGCCGAAAUUAUAGUUAGCGAGGAUGAAAAAACUAUAAUUAUAAGAGACCUAAACUCUAGUAAUGGUAUCUAUGUAAAUCAUAACUCAACAACCCGCGCAAUAUUGAAGAAAGGAGAUUUAAUUGGAGUGGGUGUUAGGAUCAACUACAAUAUUGCCACUAUAGAGCACCCUUUAUUUGUGCUUAAGACAGCACCAAUGAAAUGUUACGUAGAAAUGCAAGAAAAUGUUGAACCUAAAAGUAUAUCAUUAGAAAAAGCAAAUAAUUUAGACUCUUCAUCAGUUUCAAAAAGUGAAACUGCUAUCAAUUUUAAUAUAUUAAAUAUUCAACGUAAUAACUCAUCAAAUGUUGUAACACCAAUAACCACUGAUGUUAGCAUAAAUGCUACAAAGCUUAAUUCCUCAAAUAUUACACCGAAACCUGCUGAUACAAUGAAUUGUAUGGAAAAAUCACCAUCGUCCAAUUUAAAUAUACUGAAUGACGAUCUUAUCCUAAUAAGCGAAGAUGAAGAGCCCAAUAUUGCAGUCGUCAAAAAUGAUAUUGCUUCUCCUAAAACCAAUGGUAAUACAUUGUUAGCAGGACAGUGUAUUGUUUUGCUUACUGAAGAGUCUUCAUCAGAAGAAACAAUGGAUAAAGAAAUUAAAAAUGAAAAACUUGAUGAUAACAAAUUUCAACUAGCGUCAAUUGUCCCACAAAACAAUAUAUCUGAUAAUAAUGAAUGUGGCAAUAAUAAAAUUGCUCAACAAAAUAAUAUGUCCGAUAAUAAUGAAUAUGCUGAAAAAGAAGAAGAAGAGUUCAUUUUAACUCAAAAAGCUAUAGAUGAUAUAAAAGCUGAAUUCCUAACAGACGAUUAUAAUAGUUUUGAAAAUGAUAUAAAUACAAUUCCAGAAGCGUUGGAUAAUUCUUUAGGAUAUGAAAAUUUCGAUAGUGUGAUAAUUGAUGACGACUAUGAUGCAGAUCUUGAAGAAAAAGUUGAAAUUUGGUCAAAUAAAUUAUUAUCUCAGAAUGUUAUGGAGCAAAGUCAAAUAUUUGAAGAAGAUAACUGUGAAGAGCCAAUAAGUACUGAAAUAGAAUGUGAAUUUAAAAAUACAACUCACCAAACACUUAUUGAUGAGAUACUGUUUCCAUUAAGGCAAAAGCUUGAGUCGCAUAAAAAGAAAAAAGUUUUUAAAAAGAAAAAAAAAUCGGGAUAUAUAUCCAUUUCUUCUGAUGAUGAAAGUAUAAAAUCAAAAAAAAGAAAACAAUCACUUAGUAAACGUACUAAAAGAAAGCGGGUUGUUGAAGACAAAGGAAAAAUUGCAACUGAAACAAAAGAAGCAACUGAAAAACGUGCUAGACUAAAUAGUACUGACGAAGAUAUUACACAAGUUUCAAAUGAAACAAGAGAAACACAACAAAAUCGUACUACUGAAAAUAAUAUUACGGAUGAUCAAUUAUCUGUUUCAAAUGAUAACGAACACAUUAAACCUAAUAAAAUAGAAGAAACACCUCAAAAUCACACUAGAAGAAAUACUAUCACUGACGAUAAAAUAUAUAAUAGCUCAAAAGAUAAUAAAUUAGAAGAAAUUGUAAAGAAAGUAGCUAAGAAAAAUAAUUCGUUUCUUGAAGUUAUAAACCCUCCACAUUUACCAAUUCAUAAGGGGAAGCAUAGAGGCAUCUCGGCGGCUACAGCUUCAACAACAGAUUUUGGACAAAUGUUAAAAAGUUGUGAAAUAGAUAAUUUAACAAAAAAGAAUAACGUAGAAAAGCGCAAAGCAAUGCUCAAGGAUAUAGCAGAAAAAUCAAAAGAAAAAAAAGAAAAAUGCGAAUCGGAGGACCAAAAGAAAAAAGAAGUAAUGAAAGUGAAAAAUACAAAAGUGAACCGUGGGGCGUUUCUUACAAAUGAUGUGCCCAAAACAAUUUGUCGUAAAAAAUCAGAUGAUAAUUCAAAACUGGAGACAUCAACGAAUACGGCGUUAGCACAGUUAAAAAGACGGAAUUCAAUAUGCGGAUCAUUAGCAGAAAGAAAAGAGAAGGUAGAAGCACGAGAAAAACGAACAACAAACAAAAUAACAUUUGCUUCAAUGCAAAAGAACAUAGUAGAAUCUUUUGAAAAUCAAAGAAGAUUAGAACAAGUUUCUACUUUGCGUUCAUGCUUGUUUAAAACUGUUCAAAAAACUGUUCGAAGAGUUCGUUUCGCAGAAGAGAGAAAUGAAAUAUAUUAUAUCGAACCUCGCAUUGGAGCUACAAAAAAAGUAGAUAAAAAAGAUGCUGAACUGCAACCCUCAUAUAAUGCCAGGAGAGAUUACAUGCGCCGACAAUUUCCAAAAAUGCAGUUUCAUUUUAAGGUAUGUAAUAACUAUUAA